AGCCUCUGCCGGGACUGCCGGGCGGCGGUGCAGGCUGAGGAAUUCCGUGCUGCUCCGACUCCAGCCCUGAAGCUGGUUUUUGCCAUCUGAGCUGUGGGCCAGGAGUUGUGUUGUCGAGCUGCCGCGGGACUUGUACAAUAACAGAUUGACCAAAAGCUAGAGCGAUGGCAACAAUCAAGGGGGUCUCAAGCUUCAGUGCUGAGCAGGAAGCACAGGCACUAAGGAAGGCUAUGAAGGGAUUUGGCACGGAUGAAGAUGCCAUCAUUGACAUCUUGACCAAACUAAACGUUUCACAACGUCAGCAAGUUCUGAUCACCUAUAAAAGCACGAUCGGCAGGGAUUUGAUUGAUGACUUGAAGUCUGAGCUGAGUGGGAAUUUUGAAAGGGUGAUCAUUGGGAUGAUGACUCCUACCACCAUGUACGACGUGCACGAAUUGAAGAGAGCUUUGAAGGGUGCCGGAACAGAUGAAGGUUGCCUGAUUGAAAUUCUGGCUUCUCGCACAAAUGAGGAGAUUCGGCGCAUUAAUGAGACCUACAGGCUUCAAUAUGGCUCUUCCCUCGAGGACGACAUUGUUUCUGACACAUCUUCCAUGUUUCGCAGAGUCCUCGUGUCCCUUGCAACGGGAAACAGAGAUGAGGGGAUGUAUGUGGAUGAUGCCCUUGCUCAGCAAGAUGCUCAGUGCCUGUAUGAAGCGGGGGAGAAGAAGUGGGGAACAGAUGAGGUGCAAUUUAUGUCCAUCCUCUGUACACGGAACAGGUGUCACCUGCUAAGAGUUUUUGAUGUAUACAGAGGGAUUGCUAAUAAGGACAUAACAGACAGCAUUAAAUCUGAGAUGUCAGGAGACCUUGAAGAUGCUUUGCUAGCUGUGGUAAAAUGCAUGCGCAAUAAACCUGCAUAUUUUGCUGAAAGAUUGUACAAAUCCAUGAAGGGCCUGGGAACAGAUGACAACACGCUGAUCCGAGUGAUGGUGUCCCGCUCUGAAAUAGAUAUGCUCGAUAUCAGAAGAGAAUUCCUGACCAUGUAUGGGAAAUCUCUCUACUCCUUCAUUAAGGGAGAUUGCUCAGGAGACUACAGAAAAGUUCUGCUCAGACUCUGCGGUGGAGAGGAUUAAAUGAUGCCCGGUAUAUUGCCUGGAUGAUGGGAGGCAUCAUAAGGAUUUAGCUCCUUCAACUUGUUUCCCCAGAUAGCUUAUUAAUUGCUAUAAGUACUGACUUAGGUUAAUUAAUGAAAUGGCAGUUCCAUUUGACCCUUACGAUAAGCUUUUAUGCUCACAACAUCCAUUUAUAUACAUUUAUAUAUUGGGCUAGUAAAGCUCAUCUUAAACAGAACACUUUAACCAAAUCUACAUUGUUUUUGCUUUCUGACAAGCUGUCCCUUUGCCUUUGCAUUUACCAGCAAAACUUAUCAACUGAAGCAAAUUUAGACACAGAAUGUAGGAAGCUGCAGAGCGAAAAAUGAACCUCGUCAAUACAGGGAGAGUGCACAAUAUAGACUUGCUUCAGCUUUUGCAAGAUAAUUUAAAACCAAAGAAAAUUAAUCAUGUAAAUACAAUCAUAUUUAAAUCUUAACUUGCUCUCUGCUAGUGUGGAACCUUAACAGCGUUGUGCCUUAUGUAUAUGUUGCCUAUAGAUUUGAAGAUAGGGAAGCUGACGCUGGUGACAUCAGAAAGAACCCUUGCUGCCCUAGGCCUGGUUACAGGUCAGCCCUUGGUCUGUCCUACUUGACUUGGGAGUGUAAAUCAUCAUGUUUAUAUUUAUUACAAGCAGUUAUUUUGGAUAAAGCAGUACCAUUAAGGAAUGGCCUGUACCCAAAGCAUGUUUAAUCAACACUACCUGAUGCCUUAUAGUGGGAUGCCUUGUGCUGGAGUCAUUUACUAAAUCUUACCAGCGCUGGCUGGUGGGACUCCUGUAUAACACUACAGUUAGAAACUCCAGCGUGGGUGCCAGUGUGACACAGAAUUCCAUACCAACUGCUAAAAUAAACUUUUCUUCCACGCCCUACA